AAAAGGAGGUCAAAACUGGGAGUGGGGGGGGGAUAAGGAAUAUUUUGGAGAAGGGGAGCUCUUAACUCUGGGGCUCCCCCCCCCCCAGCUAGCAAAGAGGAGCUGGAUGGAUGGAUCACAAGAAGAAGGGAGGGGGUAUCUCAUUUGAGCAAAGACUUGUUAAUUUCAACCUCAUCCCCCCCCCCCCCACAAAGCCCAGAGGGGCGGGGAAGGGCAGGGCGGGGCGGGAAGAAAAAGAGGUAUUAAGCAACUUGUCAAGUUUGAACAGCACAGACUUGCUUAGGAAAUCCCUUGGUUAGUGCUUUCUAUUGGAGGGGUUGUUUUUUUUUUGGAAGGGAAAGCUGAGGGACAAAAACCAACAGGAGAUUCUGCCCCCCCCCCUCCCCAAAUGCUCAUGAGAACAUACUUAACAGGAGCCUUUUUUGGGGGGAGGGUACAGCAAAGGACCAUUGGGAAGGCAGAAGAGGGAUCCCUUCUAGAAGAGAAAAAAAAGUAUCACUCCCUUUUGGGGGAAAAAAAGGCUUUCUCUUUUUUUCCACUAUGAUGAAAGUGCUCUUGCUCGGUUUGGCAUUGCUGCGGGUGGAUUCUCUGAUGUACCCAGCGGCCAUCUCUCCCCAAGAUCCCACUCUCCUCAUUGGCUCCUCUCUCACAGCUUCCUGUUCCGUCGCUGCUGACUCGAGCCUGAGAGCCGAGGAUCUUUACUGGACUCUAAAUGGCCGGCGGCUCCCGGCUGAGACCUAUGAGGUCCGCAGCGCCAGGACGCUGAGUGUGACCAUCUCCAGUUUGAAUGGAUCACAGCAGCAGUCGGGGGAUAACUUGGUCUGCCACAGCAAGGAUGGAGGCAUCUUGGCUGGGUCGUGUCUCUAUGUAGGAUUGCCUCCGGAAAAGCCCACCAACAUCUCUUGUUGGUCUAAGAACAUGAAAGAUCUCACCUGCAAAUGGGCACCUGGGACGGAAGGCGAGACCUACCUGCACACGAAUUAUACCCUCAAGUACAAACUAAGGGAAAGCGAGAGCACUUCUGAUGCGACUUUUCGUGCCAGAGUGGUGACAACCGACCCCCCCUCGAAUGUUCACGUGAGCCGCGUCGGAGAUUUGGAGGACCAGCUCAGUGUCCGAUGGAGCGCCCCGCCAGCCCUCAAAGACUUCCUCUUCCAAGCCAAAUAUCAGAUCCAGUAUCGAGUAGAGGACAGUUCAGAGUGGAAGGUGGUGGACAACGUGGGGAAUCAGACUUCAUGUCGACUGGCCGGGCUGAGACCGGGCACGGUCUACUUUGUCCAAGUGCGUUGCAAUCCAUUUGGAAUCUACGGUUCCAAGAAGGCAGGAAUAUGGAGCGACUGGAGCAGCCCCACCGCAGCCUCAACACCUCGGAAUGGGCGGGCCGCUGCCGUCUGCGAGCCGAAGAACGGUGAGCACAACAACACGCUCCGGAGGGAACUCAAGCAGUUCUUCGGGUGGAUGCGCAAGCACGGAAGUUCGUACGGCUGCGCCAACCUGAGCAUCAAAAUGUACGACCAGUGGCGCGUCUCACUGCAAAAGUCACACAAAACGCGGAACCAGGUCCUAUCCGGCGAUAAAUCGUAGCGAAGUUUGAAGGAGCCUAAACAAUAAGGACUCUCCAGAAGUUCCAGGGGCGGUUCCAGCUUCUCGGAGCUCUCUCAGCCCCACCUACCUCACAGGGUGUUUGUUGUGAGGGGGGAAGGGCAAGGAGAUUGCAAGCCCUUUUGAGUCUCCUGCAGGAGAGAAAGGGGGGAUACAAAUCCAAACUCUUCCUCUUUUUCUUCUUCCUUCCUGGUGAGACAGAGACUUGCCAAGGGAUCGUCAUAUCACAAGCAGCCGGCAGAAGAGGCUUGCUUUUGUGUCCGUGGGCUCUGAAAAUGGGCCAAGGGCUGACCUUCCCUCCUGCCACCGUCGUGACUGAUUCCUCCCCGCCAAGCGGCAAGGAGCAGCACCAUGAACUCGCUUCUCCCUCCAAGUUAAUCUUUUCCCAUCUAUGUCUCCCCCGAUCAGCCCUCAGGAGAACGUUAAUAGCCCCAACUCUUUCCAAUGUUUGCCUUAUAGGUAUUUGCCAAUAGCUCAGUGGUUCUCAACCUCCCUUAUGCCGCGACCCUUUCAUACCGUUCCUCGUGUUGUGGUGACCCCCAACCCUAACAUUUAUCCAUUUUACAGAUGGAGAACACUGAUGCAGAGAGUC